UUGCACAGGAUUGCAUUUCCGCAUUAUUUUAUUUUAUGGAAAUCUUAUAAAAUUUGUGCAGGUGAAAGAUUGGGCCGCGGUAUUGUUACUGAUGCAAUAACUACCCCUGUAGUUAACACGUCUGCUUAUUUCUUCAAUAAAACUUCUGAGCUCAUUGAUUUCAAGGAAAAAAGACGUGCAAGCUUUGAAUAUGGACGCUAUGGUAAUCCUACUACUAUUGUUGCGGAGGAAAAGAUAAGUGCACUUGAGGGAUCUGAAUCGACGCUUUUGAUGGCAUCUGGAAUGUGUGCCAGCACUGUCAUGUUAUUGGCUCUGGUUCCUGCUGGUGGGCACAUUGUGACAACCACUGACUGCUACAGGAAGACUAGGAUAUUUAUUGAGACCAUUCUGCCUAAAAUGGGAAUCACGGCCACGGUCAUUGACCCUGCAGAUAUUGGAGCUCUGGAGACUGCAUUAGAGAAGCACAAAGUGACACUUUUCUUUACUGAGUCUCCAACCAAUCCAUUCCUGAGAUGCGUUGACAUUGAGCGGGUUUCGAAACUUUGUCAUGAAAAAGGAGCCCUGGUGGUCAUUGAUGGGACAUUUGCAACACCUCUGAACCAGAAGGCAUUGGCCUUUGGUGCUGAUAUUGUUGUGCACUCUGCAACUAAGUAUAUUGCGGGUCAUAAUGAUGUUCUUGCUGGUUGCAUCAGUGGUCCUGAGAAGCUCGUUUCAGUAGUUCGUAACUUGCAUCAUAUUCUGGGUGGUGCUCUCAAUCCUGUGAGUAAUCUUGUUUGUAGAUUCUCUUGGCAGCAAUAUUUGUCAUAUCUCUUUGCAUAUCUUACAAUCCUUAACCUCUGAUACUCGGACUCUUCG